AUGCAAUUCAAACUGCCCCUUACCAUCCUUGCCUCCUUGGCUCUGGCUCAGGGCUUCAAAGUCCCGGCCGACGCGCAAGACGGAGCAUACAUUGUCCAAACCGACGAGUCGGGCCAGGAGACCUUGGUUCUCGUGGAGGCCAUGAAAAUAGGGGUUACAGGCAGGCGCGCCGAGGCUCGCGCGGAACUGAAGGCUCGGGACCAAAACGCGUGCGCCGCGCGAAGCCUGAACCAUGGCGACACCGACGCGGCUGUCAGCAAGCUCAGGGGCUUCUGCGGUGGUGGCCAGCACUACCCCGCGCCCAAGCUCUUUUACAAGGUCGGGUCCACCGUUGCGUACUCUUGUGACUACAGCGGCAACCAGCUUUGCUACUCCUCGGAGGCCGAGCUGGCCUUCCAGCAGAUCACCAGGGCAUGUGGUCUGUAUGCCAGCGGCUGGUGGCUGUUCGGAAGCAACAAGAAUUACGGCUAUGAUGAUGUGAAUGCUGAGUUCUGCGGUAAUCUGCACUGA